CCGUCAUUUCCACACCCUAGUUCAGCUGCUUCUCUUCGCCUGGCGGGCGUUCAGCAGGCGCCAUGGAUGGGGAGGAGGAGCAGGAAGGCGGGGCGGGCGCGUUCCUGCCGUACAUCAGCAAGCGCAAGCGCAAGAACACGGGCAUCACCGUGUCCUUCGACGAGAACGCCAGGAGGGAGUUCGUGACGGGGUUUCACAAGCGCAAGGUGGAGCGGCGGCGAGUGGCGGAGGAGAAGCAGAAGCGCAAGAAGCGGCAGAAACACCUGCAGGAGCGGGCGGAGCGACGACUGGCAGCGAAGAAGGCGAGGGGGGAGGUGGGGCCGGAGGGCGAGGAGCGAGCCGGGGUAGAGGGCGAGGGGGAAGAGGAGGGGGUGGAGGAGGAAGAGGGAGGAGAGGAGGGUGGGGAAGGGGAUGAGGUGGACGAUGAGGAGGAAGCAGACUUCGGGCGGCAGAAUGAGAGGUUGUUAUCGCUCGGCCGCACGCCUGCUGCUGCUCCUGUCGUGUUACACUACGACAGUGGCAGCCUGGAGACCUUCGUUACUGUCACUACCGACUUUGGCACACAGGAGGACGAGGGGAGGGCGGGCAGCGAGGAGGAGGGGGGAGGGGAGGAGGAGAAGGGCUUGGGAAAACUGGGAGGAGUGAGAUCAGGGCAGGGUGAGGGGGGUGGUGGGAGGGUGGGUGCAGGGAGUAGGAGCACGGCACUGCAGAUAGCUAAAGUUAGCAGCAGGAGAAAAGGGAGGAGCGGUGGGAGGCAACAGGUGAGGAGGCGGAAAAAAUCGGGAGAGAAAGGGAAGGACCUAAAGAGGAAGAAGCGCCAUGGGGGGAAGUAGGCCUGCUUAUUUCUGCCUCCCUGUAGGGAUAGAUGGCAGUAGGUUGCAAACUGGUAGGCUGUGGUUUGGUGCAAAUUUAUGAAGUGGUUGCCACCAGGUAGUGGCAUAAGCAUGCCUACCGGUUUUUUUGCGUCAUAACUGGUGUGUGAAGAGGUGAAACAUGGUGUGGUGUAGCAAUGGUGGUCUAGUAUUGCACAGCAGUUGUCUUUGAUGCCUGAUGGCCAGUGCUCUUGCUCAAGUGGGUUUCCUCUGUCAGCUAGGCUGCAGGAGUAAUGCUUUAGUA